AUUUCGAAAAGUUUAUUAAACGUGUUUACAAAAAAAGAAUUGGUUGAGAACGCAAUAAAAAUUUGACAUAACGAAACAUUAAGUAUAUCAAAUAAAUGUUUGCAAAUUAAGCUUAGGGAGACAACUACUUAAAGAUAAGAAUGAGUAGAAGUAAAAAACUUAUUAUUAAGUAAUUUACAUUUUUAUACUUCUAAUGAGUAUUAACAUUAGGAUGUUAAGAGUGGGGUUGAUAUGAAUUUUAAUUUUCAUUUGAAAUUCAUUUCUGUUACAAAGUAAAGUUUACGGAUACAAUAGAUUAUUGAAUAUUAAUAUUUAUAAUUAUCAGAUUGAACCAACUGGUUCGCCGAUCAACUACUUAAUAAAAAAGGUAUUGAUUGAAAUUGUUUUAUCUGUGAAUCUACCAUCAUUUUAAGACGAUUUAUUCGAUUUUUGUUGUGAAAAAUGGAUAGUUGAAUAUCGUUAAUUGAUCACAUUUAAGUAUAAAAAUGGGAAAAAAUUCGAUAAACAUUUCAAAACAAACUGAAAAGAAGCACAUUGAACAUAGUUGCGAAGAAGGAUGUGUUUGGCCGCAAAUUUUAGCUAUUCUAGUGGGUUCGUUACCAAGUAUGAUGGAUGGAGUUUUGUUCGUUUGGACAUCACCUUUCAUCGUGAAAUUAGUCGAAGAUAAAGUGAAUUAUGACAUUACCGAAAAUGAAGCUUCAAAAUUAACUACGAUCCAACCAGCAGUUAUGGUUGUUUCCUGUCUAUUUUUAUUCAACAUAUCAGAUAAAUUGGGAAGAAAGAAAACUUUACUGUUGAUGAGCAUACCUCAAAUAAUAAGUUUACUGCUCGCUGCUUUCGCUAAAAACAUUUACGUAUUUUAUGUUUCGAGAGGUUUUGCCGGCAUCGCAAGUUCCCUUAUGUGGUGUUCGCUGCCAAUGUACAUAGGAGAAGUUGCUUCUCCGAAAGUUAGAGGCGUAUGGGGAACCACUCUAACUUCUUCGGUAUUCGUAGGGCAAUUUUUUGUGAAUGUAAUCGGUAGUUAUUUCGAUGCUGCCACAACAUCUUAUAUUUUCCUCCCAGUACCAAUUUUAUUUUUUAUAUUCUUCACGUUUAUGCCGGAAUCACCGUAUUUUCAUUUGAUGAAACAAAACGAAGAAGCCGCUAGAAGAUCGUUGAUGUUUUUAACGAGAAAAAAGAAUGUAGAUGAUGAUCUGAUUAAAUUGAAAAACGAUGUGAAUCGUCAAAUGUCUGAAUCGGGUAACUGGAAAGAUUUGAUUAAUAUACGAAGUAAUAGAAAAGCUGUUUUGAUUGCAUUCUUUUUAAGAUUCUCUCAACAGUUUUGCGGAACUUCAGUUUUGUCCCAAUACACGCAAUUUAUACUUGAAAAAGCGGGAGGUAAAUUAAAUCCGCAAGUUUCCUCUAUACUCUACAGCGGGUCCGGUCUUAUUUUUAAUUUUUUCGCAGUAGCUUUCAUAGUAGAUCGAUUCAAACGUAAAAUUCUUUACGCUUCAUCUUUAUGUUGUUGUAGUUUGAUAUUAUUCGUCUUCGGAACAUAUUUUUACGUAGAUAAAUACUUACCUGAGCUUGAUUUAAAUUCGAUUAGUUGGUUACCGCUUACCGCUGUUGUUUCUUUCCGAUUUACUUUUUCAUAUGGCGGUGCAGUCAUACCGACCUUGAUGCUGGGCGAAUUAUUUUCUACUAGUAUUAAAGCUAAAGCCAUGAUGGUGUCAUUAUUUGUUUUUGGUAUCAAUUUAUUCGCAGUUAAUAUGAUAUUUCAUUUAUUGACUUCUAGUGUUGGAACGUACGCUCCGUUUUUCUUUUUCGCUUCAAUUACAUUCGUUAUGUCUAUACUCGCACUUUAUUUAGUACCGGAAACUAAAGGUAAAACUUUGGAAGAAAUUCAAAAGUCAUUUAAGCAAAAAACUGAAGGCUGAUAAAACGCAAUGAAGUUGAUUGUAUCAAUAAAUGAACGCAAACAAAAAUUCAUUGGAAUUUUGAGAUAUUUGAUCAUCUUGGUUUCUUGAAUACAUAUUUCACAUAAUUACUAUAGUUUUUAAUUUUACAAAAUAGUCAACACAUUCCAUACUCUACUUCAUUCGACGUUUUUUUUGUUAAAAAUAGUCUUCGAUGUCCUUUCUGUCGCUUUAACUUCUUCCAUAUUUAAAAAUCUUUUCGUCUCAAUAGAAAAAUAAGAAUAAUCACAAGGAACAAAGUCGGAAGAGUUUAUUACUUUUAUUUUUGUUUUAGAUGUAACGUAUGUCAAGAUAGUUUUGGCACAAAAUAUCAAUAAAUCAAUUAAUCUUUUCUUAUUUGCCAUAAUUAACGAUUUAGCGACUUAUUUGUGUCUUUAUUUAGAUAAGAUAAUUGUAUGUUUGUUUCUUAGUUUUUUACAAGGUUUUGUCUAAAAAUUUGAACAAUUUUUUGUCAAUAAAGCAUUUUUCUAUAUUUCUCUCUCUAAAAAAGUUAAUAACUUAAGCUAAAUGGAAGGGGCUGUGUUCCUCAAGAUCAUUUUCUACGAACAUCUAUUUCGCGUAUUUUUCUAAAAACUCUACUACCUCAUUCAUACAUUUUGCCUAAUAAAAGUGCCCAAAAAUCGUUAAUUUGACGAGCCCAAGUUAAAUUGGAAAGGCUCUCUUGUUUUGGCAGGAUGCUUAAGUUCGACCAAAACGUUAUAUAGUCUCCAACGUGAUGAUGACGAAUAAGAUCGUUUAAUUUAGUGAGACAGUUGUAAAUCUGUCUGUCUGGAGAUCCCUCUUGACAAAAUCGCGCACCAGAUCAGAAUUUUGUCAGCGAAUUUUGCUUUUUCUUUAUGUUUUUCAUUAUCUUCUAUAUUGUUAGUUUGAAAAACAUCGCUUCCUUUCAUUUCCGAAUUGGUAAUUGUGAAGUAUUUUUUAUCCCCCUUAGUUGAAAACAACAUCUUAAUAUUCGUGCUAAUUGAUUUGACCAUUUCUUGCUAAUUCUCGAGAUAUGAUACUCCUUGAAUUUAUAUUUACGCGGUAAUUUCUUUAGGGAAUCCCAGACUCUGUCUUUUGAUCUUCUCAUCAGACUUUCUUGGUUAAAAAUUCUUGUUUUUCCAUUUUUUGGGAGAUUUAGACAUGGUAUUCCAUCUUCACAUUCAGUUGUAUGUAUGUAUAGAUUUGGGGUCUUGUAUACACUGCGAUCCAAAGGAUCUAUUGCGUCCCCCUUUCUUGCUGCGAUACUGAAGAACCCAGUGUUUACACCUGAUCUGUUAAUCCCACUUUUUUUAAAAUGUCUAGAAUGUGGGAUGGCUUUAAUUGCCAGAGAUCUUCGUCUUCUAUGUCGAGCGCUCCCAGGUGGAGAGCCCUGGAGCUCCUCAGUGUUUAACACUUCGAAAGAAUGUGGAAAGAGGUUUCGUCCUCUGUGCAACAAAAUCUACAGGGGUUUGUUAAGGCGAACUCCUAGUAUUCGUAGAUUGUUCUUAUUUAGGUUGACAAAUUUAUCUGAAUAUAUUUUCCUAGAACAGUCUUUGUCCAUUUCAUCCGCUGUAGGUUGUCUCAAUAAUUGGUUUUGCUCCUAUCUACCUUCAUUGUCUAUUUCAUCCGCUGUAGGUUGUCCCAAUAAUUGGUUUUGCUCUUAACUAGCGUCUUUGUCCAUUUCAUCCGCUGUAGGUUGUCCCAAUAAUUGGUUUUGCUCUUAACUAGCGUCUUUGUCCAUUUCAUCCGCUGUAGGUUGUCCCAAUGAUUGGUUUUGCUCCUAUCUACCUUCUUUGUCUAUUUCAUCCGCUGUAGGUUGUCCCAAUGAUUGGUUUUGCUCCUAUCUACCUUCUUUGUCUAUUUCAUCCGCUGUAGGUUGUCCCAAUAAUUGGUUUUGCUCUUAACUAGCGUCUUUGUCCAUUUCAUCCGCUGUAGGUUAUCCCAAUGAUUGGUUUUGCUCCUAUCUACCUUCUUUGUCUAUUUCAUCCGCUGUAGGUUGUCCCAAUGAUUGGUUUUGCUCCUAUCUACCUUCAUUGUCUAUUUCAUCCGCUGUAGGUUGUCCCAAUGAUUGGUUUUGCUCCUAUCUACCUUCUUUGUCCAUUUCAUUCGCUGUAGGUUGUCCCAAUGAUUGGUUUUGCUCCUAUCUACCUUCAUUGUCUAUUUCAUCCGCUGUAGGUUGUCCCAAUAAUUGGUUUUGCUCUUAACUAGCGUCUUUGUCCAUUUCAUCCGCUGUAGGUUGUCCCAAUGAUUGGUUUUGCUCCUAUCUACCUUCUUUUCUAGUGCUUUUUCUAUUGUUCUGCAGCUUAUAACAUAGAGGGGUUCGGGUCCCAUGAAGAUCUUGUCUGCACCAGCUUUUAACGAACUUUAUUUUUCUUGCCUAGCUCGUAUAAUUUUUCUAGGCAAUACCAAACGAGUUUGGACGGUAAAUGUUGUUGCGUGGGAUAUUUUGGUUUUGAAAAAUGCGAACCACGUCAAGCUAAAGGAUCUGUCCAACCAAAUUAUUAAUCGUUUUUAUAUUUCCAACUGAUAUCAAAAAGGAGUUGUAUUACUGAUAUCAAGAAAAUCAAUAAUUUUUUGUUUACGAAGCCAUUUUACAACUUAUUCUUAAACUAUUCCAAAUUUUCUAAAUUUCCAAAACUAUUGCAACAUACGUUGUAUCUGAUAAUAUGUUUCUCAUUUUUAUUAAAUUAUUUAUUUAUUUAUUUAUUAUAUAGUAUAGUAGAUGCUAUAAUAUCAUCGUAUGUACACUUCAAGAGAAGAUUCCAAUAUUUUAAAUACAAAAUCUUUAGAACAAAGUAGAUAAUUAUAUAUAUUUGAAUAAAUUCAAUUACCAAAA